AGGACGACGACGGUAAUCAUCAUCUACGUCAUUCUCCAUAUCAAGGGAAAAAUUAGAUUUUUCUGCAGAUGUGCAUGUUUAUCCAAACAAAAUAUAGUAUCUAUUUAAGGUCAGCAGGAGGAUUGUCAUCAUCGUUAUUCUCCAUGUGAUCUGCUGAUGUGCGUAGGAUGUUUUCCAAACAAAAUCGUAUGAUUCAGUAUCAGUGAAAAAAAAAAUAGGCAUGUUUGUUAGAUUUUCACUGUAUUUAAGCCAGCAUCUUGAGCACAGUUAUCAUCAGUGAUCUCACGUUUAACCAUCUGCACAGAUCUCCGAAGAAACAAAAUGAGUAGCCAAAAAGUAAUCGAUGCCAUGUCUGACGAAUUUGUUAGAAGAAUAGAAAUGAACGUGCUAAGUUCAAAAAAAAGAUUUCAAAAAAUCCACUACACGAAACCCAACAAACGAAUACGACCAACGACUAUUUCUAAGAGACAGUACAACAACAACAACAACAACAACACUCACUCAGGAACUCAGUUCUGUGACAAUUGUGGACAUUACUUUUGUUUUUGUAGAGAAUCGGUGGCAAAGCAUUCAAUAGGACAAACGGCAUCAGAUCAGCAACAACAACAACAACAACAACAACAACUACUACAUCAAUACAAACAAGUGGAGCUGUAUUGCGACGAGGAACUGCCCAAGUCCUAA